AUCUGGAUGUUCUGAAAGUUCCCGCAGUCUCAAAAUAAUGAAUUUGAAAUUAUUUGCUGUUUUAUUAGCGCUCCCAGCAGCUCUGGCUCGGGACAGCUCGGAUAAUUUCACAUAUGUUCCGAUUGCUAAAUACUUCGAGAAGGAUAUAUCGAAAGAGUGCGUCGACUGUGUGCACAGAGUAGAAGUAAAAGAACGCUCAAGAUUUUUGGUGCGUCAGAGGCGUCUCUAUGAGACAAUUUAUUCAAUCGAGUGGCUGAAAAAAACUCUUAAGGCAAAAAAUGUGACCGUUCAUGGUGAUGACUCGCUGGACCCGUCCCAUCUAACCAUCUGCUACACUUUUAACCGUCCCAGUGCAAAUGUAAACAAUCCAGACCUUGAUAAAUUGAAAAGCUGCCGAGCUAAUGUGGCUGCAUUGAAAGAACAAAAUGUGAAUUUGCUUAACAUUCUGGAAAUGAAUAAUAAAACUGUCGCUGCCUACACGGCGGAUCUCGGACAAUGCCAAGGGAAAAGGCUCGAUCUGGUGGAAGAAUAUUCGCUAUACAAGGGUUUGCUCUUGGUUAACUCAUCCAAAAUCUUGCAGGAAACCGUUCAUCUGGCGAAUUCUGUCCAAGAGAAGAUAUUAGAAUACAAACACUAUCACGCAGAUGCAAAAUAUGGAAGAGGCAUACUAUCCUCAGAAAAUGAAGAUAAUGUGACUAACGCAUCCGGUGAAAACAUAACCAAAUUUGCAAUUCCUGAAAAUUAAUAAACGAGUGAUUA